AUGGACAGAAUUAAAGACGUCCCUCUUGGUAAUGAAGCUGCACUUUACGCACCGUUAAUUGAUCUCUACGACUCGAUCAGCACACAAAUUGGUCCUCUGUUUGACCUCCAAAGCAAAACCAACCUUGCAUUUAGGGGUACUUCGCAAAAAUACCUACUUGAUUCACCUGCUUUUUGUAAGCCAGAUAUUACUGGUGUGUCUGGAACGAUGCCCAAUGGAACGCCUAGCUGGAAGGACGUACUGGUUUGUUGGGAGGUGAAGCACAGCAACAAGCGUGGGGCUCAGGACCAACUUGGAGAGCCGCCGAGGAAAAGGUCAAAGCCGUCGCAAAGCACCAGCCAAUCCAGGCAAUCGAACAGCGAAGUUGCUGGAUUGACACCAGGUAGAGACAGUGACGAUCCAUUGGAACAACUACUAAGCUAUUGCCUGGAAACAAUCAGCGCUCAGCCCCAUUGCCGUCAUACUAUUGGAGUUUUGCUCUCCGAGUGGCGACUACAGCUGGUUUUUCAUUCGAGAAGCUUUAUUGUAGUCAGUCGAGCUUUUGAUAUCCGCUCCGACCCAGUCAAGUUGACGGUCGUAUUCGCGGCUUUGUGGACAACAGAUUUGAAGGCCCUUGGAUUCGAUUCGCACUUUAUUGACAAUUCAGGGAAUGUCACCAUUCGCCCCCAGGAAUGUCUUGUCAUGAUUGGGGACCAAGAGUAUACGAUUGAUAAAGCCCUGUUUCGGGCUCGAUCUCUUCUUGGACGCGGAACGUGCACACUUCGGGCGGUGGGGAAAUCGCAAGUAAAAGUCGUAAUCAAGUUCAACUGCCCACCAAAAGUGCGUGAGUCCGAGGCUGAGCUACUCGGAAAGGCUCAGGAUAUCCCAAAUAUUAUAAAGGUGGUGGCAUCAGCUACCUGGGGUGAUACGCUCAAUGGAUUUGGACCCGAAUUUGUAGCUAUGGUCAAUCAUUUUGAACUUCGGGAAUUUCGCGUCCUGGUCCUGUCACCCGUGUGCUCUCCACUGACGUCCAUCGCUGACUUGGAAACUUUCAAGCGUAGUUUCCGAAAGCUAGUUAUUGCGCACCACAAACUCUACGAGACUGGAAUAUUGCAUUGUGACAUUUCCGUUGGAAACAUGAUGUAUGAUCCCCUUGGCGAUGAGCCUUACUUGAUUGAUGUGGACCUGGGCAAAUCCGUAGAAAUGCUAGCCUCGCCAUCGUCUAACCAUCGGACAGGGACGCUGCCUUUUAUGGCUACAGACCUAUUGGCGGAGUGCCUGCCACCCCAUUUGUACCGCCACGAUUUAGAGUCCUUUUAUUACGUGUUGAUAUGGAUAUGCGUCAAGGAUCACUGCGGCUGGGAUACCGUGCAUUCAAUUGCGGCCAUGCGUGAAAAGAAAGACUCUUUUCUGGCGGUCGGUACAGGUGAUAGGAUUGGCGGAUUGUCACUGAUAGACUGGUUGGAGCCGCUGCGGCGAACCUGGAUAAACAGAAUCCAUGGUCUUUUUGUGCGAGGCAGAGCAGCAGUUGAUCCUUACUUGGGUAAUGUAGAGUCGGACAAGGAGACUUUGGAUGGUUAUAUUACGUUUGUGAAAGUCAUGGAUGUUUUGACAGCGUAG